GCAGAACAGAAGAUCACCGGGGAGAUGGAGUGAGUAAGCAGUGAGGGUUGGGGAAAGCUGGAGGGAAGGAGAUCUGCGAGGCGAAGCGAGAGACUGGAGAGAGAGCAGAGAAAGAAAAAAAGACAGAAUAGAUGAUAGAACAGAUGCUACAGAUGGUCUCUUUGGCUUCAGCUCGUGACGCCUGAGCUGUGUGUGUGACGCGCAUGGGUGUGUGUGUGUGUGUGCGUGUGACGGCAGCCGCGGCAGCAGCAGGGGACGACAGAUCAAAGCGAUUGUGGGGCAUGAUGCAUUUAGCAGCCUAACGUCGCUGUACGCACACCGGCUGAACGAGAACGCUACCCCGCGCAGCCCGCCCGCCCCACGCACACACAUACGCCACGCGUGUGUGGGGACAGCACAGAUGAAGCAACGACCAAAGGGAGGUGUGGAUCUUUUCAGAGCCUUGGUGGCUGUAGAGCAGCAGGAGUGGUUGUAGGUGGACUAGGGUCGGACCACUUCCGAUGACCUUUUGGCUUUCUUCAGACAUCUGGAACACCAAAGAUGGAGCUCUUCUUCUAUUCCCUCACCUUACGGUUCGUCACGCCAGCGUGUGUUUCCUCUGAGCUGCGUCGCUGUCGUCGGGCUCGUCUGUCAGCCGUGUGUGUGAGCCCCAGCGCAUCCGCAGAGGGAUUUGAUAACGUAUGGUACUGAACAACUCCCGCAGAACACACCUGGACAUCAGCUGUUCAAGAGGAACAGACACACCGAUACUUCUCUCAGCUGUACCGAAGGAUGGAUCCAGGGGAGGACGAGUGUGCACGUUUCCUGCAGUACGUGGAGGACAGGGGUCUGAGAGUGUAUGAUGAGCUGGUCAUUCAGAACGCCUCUGACAUUGCCCGAGAGAGCGACCGCGUCCGCAACCACACGCAAUGGACGUACUUACAGGAGAAGAACCAGAAGAAAAGACGUCAGGAGGAGGCAAUCAAAUGGAUCGGCGAAGAUGUGGCCCGUGUGACAGAAGGUGGGGGUUACGCGGGCAAACACUUUCGAAUGGGCUUUAUGACGAUGCCGGCCCCUCAGGACCGCAUUUCUCCUUCCUGUGGGCUGGGUUUCACCGUACGCUCACAGUCUUUACACUCAGUGGGCGGGGGUGACGAAGAGGGAAGCCCUACGUCCCGAAAACAGCCCCCUCCCAAACCCAGACGAGAUCCCAACACCAAACUGAGCACAUCCUCUGAGACCGUCGACGCUGGGCUUAGCACGGGGAAGAGCGGAAAGGACACGGAGAAAUGCGACGCCUCUAAAUCCCGCCCCUGCAGCGAGGAGUACCGUCGCAUGCCUCCGCCCAAACCCAAACGUAACCCCAACACACAGCUCAGCACAUCCUUUGACGAGUCUUACAUCCAAAACCACAGAAGCAGGGCCAAGUCUGCCUCUCUGCCUCGACGGCAGAAAAAGAAAUCAGCAUCUCAAAAUCAAAGCCCGGCCCCAGCUAGUGACGAAGAGGCUGAGCCUGUUUAUAUAGAAAUGGUGGGCAACAUUUUACGAGACUUCGGUCGAAUGGACGGAGCCAAUGGCGAUGAGGAGGACGAUCAAGGUGAAAGCGUAUACGAGGAAAUGAACUACCCCGUCUACGAUGACGUGGCUUCAUCCUUGGACCAUGCCCAAUCGCGCUGGGAGCAGUGCCCGACUCCUUUGGUGCCAGAAGUAGAACUUACACGCCCCACCACCCCGCGUGGUUCUCUCUGUGACAUUCCUGCUCCUUUCCCAAAUCUGCUCUCCCAUCGACCACCUCUGCUGGUAUUCCCACCCGCUCCUGCCCAGUGUUCCCCCAACUCUGACGAAUCCCCUCUCACUCCACUAGAUGUCACUAAACUCCCUAUGCUAGAUAACACUGGAUAUGGCAAGCCUGGAGCAUCCCCGACUAGUGCUGACCCUGGACAGCAGCUGGACACACAGCAGGUGUCUGCUAAACACCACCAUCACCACCACCACCAUCAUCGUAAGAAGUCGGCUGAGACUAAGGAGCAACAGACGAUCACAGCAUCAGGCCGGUCGUCUGCACCACCCCUGCCAUCUGCGCUGUACAAAAGCGGGGGUUCGUCAUCAGCGCACGGUUACCCGCGGAGCCACUCCGCCUGCCCGUCGCCCGUUAGCAUGGGCCGCGCGUUAACUCCGCUUACCUUGAAACGCCCCCCACCGUACGAUGCUCUCAUGACCGGCACGAUUCCUCGCAGUGCGUCUGGAGUCCCGCAUGGGUCACGUGAAAGCGGGCGGCUCUCCAACUCCUCCAGCGUGCACGGGGGUUCCAUGCAAAAUGUUUCCACGGCAUCAUGUUCUGGAGGGUCCAGCUCAGGGUCAGGUGGUCGAGGCAGUCGUACGCCAACCAGUCCGUUGGAUGAGCUUAGCAACCUGUUCACCUCUGGACGAAACAUGCUGAAGAAAGGUUCUGGAGGACGCAAAAGCAAAGAGUCAGCAGAUGGUGAAAGUAAAAGCAGAAGUGACAGCAGAGAAAGAGCUCUUCAUAGUUCUCCAAAAUCACAAGAUUGGGAAACGCCCACAGGACAAUCACCCACCGCCACGCCCAAUCGGUUUGGGUGCUCUUCUGUCAGCCCGACCACUAUGCUUGGGGAAACAAAAGGCGGGUGUAAACUUGGUCGCUCUGCUUCCACAUCCGGAGUCCCCUCCCCUGUGGGAACGCCUCAAAGACACGCCCCUGACCCCUCCGCCCACCAGGGCGGGAGCCCGUGCCAGAUGCCCCCAAUGCCUUGGGCAUGUGGGGACAGCACCAUGAUGGAGAUGAUAGAGAAGAAACGACACCUGUGCAAAGAGAUAAAAGCCAGGCAGAGACCUUCAGACAAAGCUCUGUGCAAGCAGGACAGCAUGCCCAUCCUCCCAAGCUGGAAGAAGACCAACGGGGGAAAGAAAUGCGGUCCCCCUCCGUAUUCUACCCAAACCACUGUAUUCUGGGACACUGCUAUAUAAUGGGUGACCAGCAGUGCGCGGCCAUGGUGAUGCACAGACACGCCCACUGAGGGGCGUAUACAAACACAGAUUGACAGCUAGCACAAACAAAAAAAAUAUGUGAAGGAUUAUCAAAUCUCCCUGGUUUCCUAUCGUUGUUUAUAUUUGAUAUUUUUAUAUUGAAAAUAACUGUCUUAGAUAUGGUUAGUAUAAUUCGCGGUUUCAUAAAGAGGAGCUCUCCAAACGAUAAGAAAACCGUACACUUUUACCCUAUGAGAUAUUUGUCCUCUUUGAAAUGGUAUUUCUAUCUUUUUUGGGGGCAUUUCUAUAUUUGGCACUCAUCUGUGUGUCUGGGGAAAUAAUCUAUAAUGUGUGGUGAAAUAUGUGCAGUAACUCCAUUGAGAACACCAUUGUUUUUAUGCCUAUGCAUUUGGUUAUUCGGCAUGGAUGGCGUUUUUUUUUUGUUUGUUUCAUGGAUGGUAUUUUUUUUGGUAUGGAGAGUUUAUUUGAAAAUAAUAUAUAUUUUUGUGUCUGUACGUUAAAUGUCGGAUUGUGGGGUUUCAGGCUGUUCUUCCUAUGAUUUCUGGAUUGGACUUGAAGGGAAUGGUUGUGAGUUUUGUUAGUUGGACUGGAUUGUGAGAUUAUCCGUCUGUUUUUACAGGUGGUUGGUCAGAUCAACUGUGAGACACUGGCUGGUGCAUUCAAUUGUGAGCCUUGAAAACUCACAAACUCACACUUAUAUUAGCUGCUCUACGACCUAACAUUUGGUGCUGUUCAACUCCUUUCUUGAAUGUUCAACUUUAAACAGCUGUAUGACAGUCACACACGUGUACCUGUAAAACACCCAAGGUGCUAGGGCAGUUAGCACAUGCUAAAUGACGGUUACCUGAUCAGGGAAUGGAUGAUGACAUAUUCUGGCAGAGUUACAGGCCGAGGCACCAAGGUGUGACCGGGGUGAGAGGUUUCGUCCAUCACAGUGGCUUUCAUAAAUCUGACCGUACAACACGUCAGAUAAACGUCCUUGUAUGAACCGCUAUGCAGACAUACUGUCACUUUUCACGUUCGUAUAUCAUCGCGACAAGAGGCAAGGGCAGGCGUGAGGCAACAUCGUUUGAAAAAGCUUUCUGGAGGGAAUACACAAAGGCUCCCCUCAGAUAGAAAAGCACAGCUUGUUAUUAGAUGAUCAGCAUCUAGGUCAUACCCAAAGCUCUUUCACAGUUUAUCACGGUCGCCAGCCUCAUCGAACACACUGGAUUUCAGAACUGCGAAAGAAAGUACUUAGAAGCACAUGCCUAACCUAGCAAUAGAGUAGAUGCCUUUUUGUAUACAUGGCUUGCAAAGCUAGACGCAUUCGUUUAAAUACGAAUGGUUUGAGAUGGAGUGGAUUUGCAUUGCCCUUUCGAGUGGACGGAAAUGUCUAAUUUUUGCUCAAUAACAACAUAGAGUAGCCAAUGAGCAGUGAUCAUGUGUUGGUGCCACAUAGCCAUUGGCUGUCUUUUCAGUCGGCCAUUUGAAGGACCAAUGAUGAUUUUUGUCUGCCAAUGAAUAGUGGUGACAUACACGUCCAGUGUACCGUGAUGGCCAUGGAGACACCGUGCUCUCUUUUUCUUUGCACUGCUAUGGGCAGGACUGUGAUGUCAUGCUAAAGCUCUAAUUGAUAUCUGCUCAGGUGAGGAAAAGCCACACCCCUAAAGAUGGGGCUAGAGGUGUGAAGCCCCCCCCCCUUACUGUCAUCACAUUCCAGAUAACACAUGUGCUCAUCCAACAUACACUCAUAACGGCUUGAAUUCACAUUAAACUAUGUACGAUUGCACAUAAAUGCAGGCACUUUUUACCAGAUUGCAUAAACACACAUGCAUAUUCACACAAAAUACACAGACACUCAUAUACAUGCACAAAGCUGGCAUCCAUGUAAAAAGCAUUGCCUUGGAGACCUGGGUUCACUGUGACUUAAAAGAAACUUUUGCGAGGGGCUUAAAGGUCAGAGAUGUCUUAAAGGUUCACAAGUGUAAGGUUAAUCCAACAACUAGCAUCACUAUCAAGUCACUAAAAGAAAAACAAUGUCUUUAAAAGUAAAAAAACAGCCCAGCAGUAACAUUUAUUCACCAGUAGAGGGCAGUAGCAGUGUAGUGUUCUUCACAUGCACUGCAUCCUAAUUCGCAUACACACUCUGUAGUGUGCACUAAAAUGUAUUACUGUACUUUACUUUAAAGUAUGUAAAACGUACACACAUAACUAACAGCAUGUCAUACCAUGUCAAACUCACCCCUGUCUCUUGUUUGUGUUUGCAUGUCAGCGUUAGAAUAAAAAAACUCAAACGUCAUUAUUAUGUAACUUUUAGAUGUAAACAUAAAAAACAAAACCUAAAAAAAAGAACAACUUCACCUGAAAAACUUGAAAGAGAACUUUAACAAAUGUCACAUAGAAACAGACGUCCAUGGAUCUUAUAGUAAAUAUAACCAUCUAAGUAAAAUAUUCUGUGUGAAUUCCAGCGGUCAGAACCUAAAAUUAAGGGUUCUAGAGCACUUGUGAGUUCUUUAAUGCAUUCUAAUGUGAACUGUUGUGAAAUGUGAAACGGUCUAGAAUACGGGUUUUUGUGGCAUGUGUCGAGAACGCUUUUGGAGUUUGUUCUUUUACCCUAUCAGUUCAAAACCACCAUGAGUGUCACAAACAAAAUGAAAGAGCCACUUACUGUACCAGUUCCUCCAGAGUAGUUAGCAGUAACUUUGCAGUGCACUUAUAUUUGACACAAACGAAGGAUCUUCUGAUGUACAAAAUGUUCUGUUUGCCUAGAUGUUGGAGAAAAAAGCACACGAUGAAUCGAUGUAUACUAUAUUUAAUAAAAAAACAAUGAAUUGUAAAGUAACUUAAAAGCGAAAAGUGGUUGACACAUAGCAGUAAAAUGACAUACAAACUCCUCAUCCACACACACUUUCUCUCAUUGCAGUUUUGGGUUUUGCAGUAGGCCUAUGUAAAUAUAUCAGUGGGCGUUUGUUGCACUAUGGGAGUGUGACAUAAGCACAGUGGUUUCCCAGUGUGUGUGUGUGCGCGUGUCUUUUGCACUCAGAAGUGUUGGAGUCUACCUUUUCUAGUAUUUUUAUUUAAGAAUGUUAAAAAAAAGAGUACAAGCUAAAAGAGUAUGCUUAUGUAACACUGUCUUUCUUUUAAAUUAUUUACAGAGUAUGACAGAAAUAAAUACAUAUGUUUUUGCAUAGCGCUGUCUGAGUUGUGUGUCUUUGUGUUGUAUGUGUGGUUGUUCAGGUCGUGGGUCAUGUUUUUGUCCUCACACUCUCUCUCUCUCUCUCUCUCUCUCUCACUGUAUGUAACAGAAGCCAGAGGUUGAGAACAAACACAUUCAUCUUAUGACCUCACACUCCCACUACAGACAUGUAGAAAUGAUGUAAGCCACGAAACGGUCUGCCCUGAGCUAUAGUUUUGUUUAGAUAUUUUAUCUAAAUUUAACCUGACAACAUGUGAGUUCACAAUACUGUAACGCUGCACUUUCCUGACACAAAAGAGAAGAGAAAUUAUGUAAAUAUCUGCCCAAAACAAACAUACUAUGUACAAUUAAAGUACAACAAACAAAAAAAUAAAAACACAAUGGUGUUAAUAGACACAAUAAAGGAAGGCAUUACAACGAGCUUUGUGCUUUAAAAUCACUUACUAUCCUUUGUGCCUGUGCAAAAUUAUCCAGUAUGAAUUCCCAUAGACAUAUAUGGAAAUUCCUGUCAGGACCGCAGGUAAACACUGACGCGCAGGAACAUGAGAUGACCUUUCACCUCUCAUCAGAAAUUCAUCCGCCUUUUACUGUAGUCCCAUCUCAAAAAGUCAUCCAUUUAAAAAAUACUAAAUAAAAAUUGUAUUGAAAGAAAAUGCUAUUAUGUUUUGAUAUAUCGAUAAAUAUUUUUAUUUUUAGGCUAUUAACUGUUUCAUUAGCCUAUAUGUUUGUCUACAAAACGAAAUUCACACACUUCAGAUAUUUAAGAAAACGACUUCAGACAUUUAAGAAAACGUCGUCAGAUCAAAAGAUUGGAGAAUGAAUAUUUCGUUGAUAUAUUUAUCCAUUAUUUGAGCUAUACAUUUCGUAUUAGUUGAGCCUAAAUAACAUAUUUUUAAGACAAAUCAGAGUUUUGCAUCUUUUAACUUGGCCUAGGCUACUGACAUUAAGGAACAAAUGAAGAUUUUGGUUCCAAAACGAGAUAAACGCCAUUAAAAAAAUGAGUUUCCGCCAAAAUCAGUAUUGUAUCAGGUCGGUAUUGAAAAGUCACUUUUUAAUGUUACGCAAAAUGCGAUAUCCGCCGUGUUAUUCUGUCAUGUUUUCUCCCUUUUUUUCCCCAAACCGCAAUUUACGCCAGUCUCACUUCUCUGCAGAAUGCGAUAUAUCCGCUCAACCAAUCACAGCACAGCAUUCCACGCAUUGUAAACAGUAAUGGCGGCGCUUUGAAUACGGUCGGCUCCUAGUUUCCCCGAUCUACUUUGUGUUCAACAAACAAACAAAAUAAUGAAUAAUUUUGACGGCAUUGAUGAACCUGUGCUGGUUUCUGCGGUGGGGAAGGAAACGUAAGGCAUCGAAAUCUAAUCAUUUACGUGAGGAGAUUAAGAAGAUGAGCCGUUGAAUUCAUUUUAGGAGCGAUGACUGAUUGAAUGUGUUUUUAGUCCAGUGCCUGUAUGUAAGAUUAGUAUUGUGUUGAGUUCAGAGGCUGUCACAUGAGGAUCAACUCACUUUGUUGUGUAUUUUCAACAGUUUCAAUAUGAAAAAUAACUUUUAUAUUGAUUCAAUGGAUAUAUUGCAUUUUGGUAAAAAAAUGUUAUGGAUUUAUUGCAUUUUAGGGGGGAAAUUAUCAGUUUU